AGGGUUUCCAGAGAUUCAUAUAGAAUAGCAACAUCAGCAACAAAGUCAAGAUUCAAAAUGCUUGAGGUGAUAAAUCUCCGAGAUGGUGAAAUUCUUCCCCAUCCGCUGUGCUUGCUGAGGGUUGUUGGAGCUCAGGAAGAGUCCACUUGUGCUGCAAUCCACAACCAGAGUGAUGACAGCCGAAAUGGAAAGUUGUGGAAGAUUCACCAGGGGGGAUUCAAUGCUUUAGUUCCACUAGUUGCUGGGAAGAAUGCUCUGCGAAUAAUUUGUGGAACAGAGGAACUGACCAUACAGGUGGAAUAUAAGCCUCAGCAGAUCCCAAGGUUCAUUCGUCUAGUUUAUAUAACCUGCUUAAACGAAGAGAAGUUUCAGGGCCCAAAAGAUAUGGAAAGAUCUCCAAACACAGCUGUACGGAAAAUCAGAACUGGAGCUCUUGUCCUACAGACUUUCAUGGCAGAAACACUGGCAGCAGAGGGUUUAGGUCGACGAACUGUUCGUUAUGAAUUAGAUACAGAAGGAAACCCUAUUGUUCAUGUAAUCCAGCUUCCUUUGACUAUUAAAGAAGCACAUAAAUUUACAGAAGAACGUUUAUGGGAGACAGCAGCUUUGCAGAUAUUGUCAUCUCAUUUAGCAGAUAAAAACUGCAAAUAUGUUGCAUUUUUUGGUGGCACAAGGUACCUCAAUCAAGAUAAGUUAACACCAAAAGAUGAAACAGAAAUAAUGUCCCUUACCAAAGGACAUGUGUCAUUAGGAGGUGGUGGCUUAGCAUUGGUUGGCACAGGAGCCCUUUACACUUGGGCAACAAAUGUAGAAGAUGUGAUUGAUGGAAUGCGAGACCAGACACCCAUUGAUAAGGCUGUCUUAAUGGACUUCAGCGCUGGAAGGGGAACUUGGGGAGCGAAUUAUGGCACUCACUUGGGAUCGGUCCUGCAUGAGCUGGCUCACACCCUAGACCUAGGACACACUCCACAUGGCAUCAUGGCCAGAGGCUUUGAGGAUCUCCAUGUUUUCUUCACCACCACUAAACUAACUUCUGAUUAUCUCCCACAAUCACCCCACCACAGCUCUGUUAUGAGGCAGUCUAUGUCAAGCUCACUGAUCAAGGAAUCUGUGACAUUCACAACUGACUUUGUGCGAAGAAUUCCUCUUGACAAUAUCAACAUGACUGUAGCACCACCUAAGGAGCCCAUAGCCUCAAGUGGAGUCUACAGCCCCCCACGGUUCACGAGGAGAUACCCAUCAAAGACCCUUGACUCCAGCACUGGCUCCACACUCAGUAUUGAGGACUCGCUGUCAUCUUCCCAGACACACAAAAACACUUGUAGCCGUCCUCUGCUAAAUUCCCCCUCACCAAAUCUAACAAACAGCUUAGCUAACAACAAUAAGCUUCAGGAACCUGAUGGAAGUAAAUGCAGGGCUUUUUGGGCAAGGUCGAGUGCUGUUAUCCUUGCAUUCCACAAAUGGCUGAACAUUGUGACAGAUGGGGAAGCUCCAGAGUUGAAAGGAUCUGUUGUAUGCAGUACAGCUGGUAUCCGGGUGGUAGAAUUGCGUGACCUCCACACCAUGGCUUUCCACCACUGGGAAUUUGUUACUCGACCCCCUCCACCAGUUCUGCACUUGCCAUGGGCUCAGGUGGCACACUGGCCUUCAGAUACUCAUAUUGAGGUUGUGGCAGAGGAUAGUCAAGGAAACAUUCUGAAGGGAUGUUUCAUGCCCCGCCCCCUCUGAGGCGAUUUCCUUUUUAGUAGUUAAUUAGCUGAUAGUUGCAAACCUGCAUUUAUCUCUCCUGAAACUGUACUGCAAGAGCAUCAGUUUUGAUGCAGUUUCAGCAUCUGAUUAUUCACAUAUAUCUGUAACUACUUGAUUUAUUUAUUUUGAAUGCAGUUUAUGUGGUGGUGGUCAAAUUGUGCUUAUAAUGUCUCAGAGAGAAUCUCAUCUUGAAAAUACUUAAAAGCUACUAGUUUAGCACUCACAUAGUUAGUUCCUGUCAUGAUACAUGUGGUUGACUGUGAAGUGAGUACUUGCUAAAGGAAAUUAGGAAGUCAGUAAUAAGCUGAUGGAAUGCCUGUAUGCUGCCAUUGCUCCCUGAUUACCAUAGUCCUAACUAAGGUAUGUCAAUUCUGUAUUAUAUCAAUUUUAGUUUGUUACAGAUUUUUUCCUAAGACCUUUCCAGAUGCUUUUCCCUUAUUAUUUUUGUCACUAUAAAAAGAAAGUUGUGUACAGAUUAAUCCAGACUGUGACACAUAUUUUACCAUAGUGGAAAUCUCACGUACUCUAAUUUUUAACUAUUUUUUUUGUCUCAUGGAAAAAGAGGAAAAAGAUUAUAUGAUUUUUAUAUCCAGUGAAUAUUAAUUUUCUUGAAUGUUGAAAGUUAUUCAUUAUUAUAGAGAAUUGUCUGUAAACUAUAGGCAGAUGAAGAUUUUGCUUUCAUUUGCAUAGGAUUAACACAGACUUUACUUAUAUAUAGUUUUUGUAAGUGUUUGAUCUCAUUUAGAUUGUCAGUUGCCUUGUAAAGUUCUGAUAUUGUAUUGUGAAAUAUUUAAUUUAAAAAUCUAAGCAAUUACUGCUUAUUGCUAGACAUAUUAUUAUGGUUUUCCACUGUAGUUUAUAAGAGAGGAAAGUCUGCAAUAAAACAGUUUUAGGUAUUAUAUUUUCUAAAUAGAUAUUUGCUCAAAUAAACAAAGUAGAUGAUUUUUUGCAGUGGGUUAAGGGUAAAUGCAUAGGUUAAUUAUCUCUGGUUCAAAGGAGACUAUAGGAGCUUUGUUUCCCCCAGAAGGGAAUUUUCAUGGGGUAAAGUUUCAGAUGCUUUUUUUUUUUCAAGUACUGGUUAGCAUGUUUUAAGAAAUCAGGAUAUUUACUUCCUCAUUGGAAGAAAUAAGAAAGCUUCCUUUAGCAGGCAAAAAGUGCUUUAAUAUGCAGUGAUUUAUUAUAAGUUAGAGCACUAUUAUUAUUAUUUUAUUUAUUAAGAAUUUGUUCUUAACUGUAUGAUUGUGUACCAGUAUUUGGAAGUGAAUGGCCAUUACAUUAGAUGCCAUCAGAGUCCAGUUUUUAUAACAAGUUAUGGAACUGCAUGUUGGAAAAUUUAAAAUAAUAUCCAUCAUGUAUUACCUGGCACCAUAUUCGUGAUUUUAUGUACAAAGAGUUUUGUGUUUAUUUAAAGUGCUCACAAUGUGUAAUGGACAGAAAGCCUUUAGUUUUCUUCCUGACAUACUUUGCUGCUCUCAUAUGACAUUCAUGUUUGAGAAUUCAACUGAAAGUUGCUCCAAGUAUGAUAUUUUCCAUGUCUCAUUGGAUGAUAAAAGGCUACAUAUCUUACCAUUUACAUGGUGUUCCAGUUAAAUAUUGUUUAUUUAGUAUUGUGGUAUGACUUGUCUUGAUGAAGUGUGGGAAUGGACUUUGUUGCAAAUGGUACUUUUUUAGAUGCUACAUUUAGUGAAAGUAUAUGUUGGCUAUUUAUUUAUCAUCCUAGGUUUAGAGGCUGUAUAUUGCAGCUUUGUUUUCCAAUAUAUCUUUCUUAACAAAAGCAAACAAAGUGCCUAACAGAAAAUAGAUUUUCAUGAUUCAUGAAAAAAUUGAAUUUUAUUUUAAUGUUCACAGCCAUGUUUUACAAGGUACAAAGAUUUUUAGAAGCAUGGAAAGUUAGGAAAAGAGUGAGUUUGUGUGUGUGCGUUCAUGGGUUAAUGUACAUAAGUGCGUGUGCAUGUGUGUUGGUGUAUUUGUGAAUGUUUCACAAGGUACAAAGAUUUUUUAGAAGCAUGAAGAGUUACGAGUGUGUGUGUGUGUGUGUGUGUGUGUGUGUGUGUGUGUGUGUGUGUGUGUGUGUGUGUGUGUGUGUGUGUGUGUGUA